CUGUAUGACCAAACAUAUCUGUUCGUAGUUUACCUCGUAACACCAUGAUACAAAAUUGUCAUUGGUUAGUUUCGUGCGGCGGGCGGUCCUCGUGCUGUUAAAUAAUGUGAUCUGCCGGGUAGUUUCACUUUAUGUUAACGGACGUAGCAGAGCGUUCACAUUAGCUGCCUGAUCUUGCAUUCAAAUUUUGGUGAAUUUAACAGAAUUGGAUUAACCAUGAAGGUGAUUCUCUUUUUUUCAGCUCUGAUUGCGCUCUACAUCUCAGUGGACUCCAAAGAAUCUCCACCCAAGGUUCAGGUGUACAGCCGUAACCCAGGAGAGUUUGGAAAGGAAAACAUCCUUAUCUGCCAUGUGAGUGGCUUCCAUCCCCCAGACAUUACUAUUGAGAUCCUGGAGGAUGGAGUUGAACUCCCUAAUUCCAAGCAGACCGACCUAGCCUUCAAGCAGGACUGGCACUUUCAUCUGACCAAGAGUGUGCCCUUUACACCUGUGGAUGGACAUAAGUACAGUUGCAAGGUUACUCAUGGGGAGACCACGAAAAAAUUUGCUUGGGGUGAAGCCAAAUAUGUAACUGUCAUGGAGGCCUUCCUUGUUCUCAGAAGUAACCGCUACAUCUGUAUCUGUUGAUCAACUCUUCAAUCAACAUCAUUUAAUUAUUUCAUGAGGCAGUCUCUUCUCUGACCUUUAAUUUUAAAAGAAAAAAAAUGAUAUACUAAAGGAUGUUCAUUUUCUUAUUGUAUGCAAAAUGCUGUUCAUGUAGUAAUUACAUUUUUGUGUACUGCUUUACUUGCAAGCUGAAAUUUGUAUAACACCAAAAUGCUUGACUUAUCUUUUAAAUGCUUAAACUGCUUAUUUGUUUCACAAGAAUUAAAACAGAAAUUGUCUAGACUAUUGGGGUAUUAUGUCCAAACAAGUAAUUCACAGUUCGGAUUUCUUUGAAUUUUGGUAGGUUUUAUGUCUGUGAUAAUACUUUCAAAUAAAGGCCUCUUAAAAAAUUUUGUUGACAUGUUUAUUCAUUAACUGAACUUUACAAUUAAAGGUUUUAUAUUUGAGGGACAAUGUUUUUGUAUAA